CUGCUAAUUUGCAUGGAUUCUUCUUGAAUUUAGCUGUCUCUCUUUUUAAGUUCCUUUGUGAAAUUUUUAUAUGGAGGAAUUUCAAGGAUUGGUUGUAUGGAGGUUGAAUAUCCAUAAAUCUUAGUGGGUUUUGUAAUGAUUAACUUUGAAUUCAUAAUUAUUAUCAAUUAUUAUCUUUGAAUUCACAGGAAAUAGGAAACAAAUUGGUGAGACUUUAUAUGGCAGCUUAAUGACCUAACUGUUUCUUUCUUAAUAGGUUAGUGAGGACAAAGUUUAGUCAGUCAGCUGUCAAGAUGGAGAAAGGUCUUCCUGGCACCCUGGCAGUGAGGAGAAUAUAGAGAAGACAGGCUCUUGUCAGAGCACUUGGUGGUAGAAUUUCAGUGCUAUGUUUAGGUAUAAUGGAAGUACUUAUGUUAGGUGUGCCCCAUGGAAAUGUACUGGUGGAGGGUUUCUAGCUACUACAUUUUGAAUACUCUUAUUGUGAGCAACCAUUUUUUUCUCCAUUCUCCAUUAUGCAAGAACUGCUUGAGGACUCAUAUCAACUUUUCGUUUUCUGUUUCCUAUAAGCUUGUCUGUGGCUUGGGGAAGGUUGAAACAGCAUUUUUGUAGAGCUUUCUGGAAGGCGACAUUGGUGACAAAGCAGAAGUGUCAUCAUUCCCUUUGAAAGUGGCAUUGUAUUUUUGAUGGGAAAUGAAAGGAGAAGUGUCCUGAAGAUGUCCUGAUGAUAAAGAUCUUGUAGCUAGAACAUGGAUACUUUCUUUCCAGUCUUUAAAAUAGAGGUGCUAAUGAGUGGAAGGAAACAUUUUGUGGAGAAGAGGUAUAGUGAAUUCCAUGCACUUCAUAAAAAGCUCAAGAAAUUCAUAAGAACUCCAGAGAUCCCUUCAAAGCACGUGAGAAACUGGGUCCCCAAAGUCCUGGAGCAGCGACGGCAAGGCUUGGAGUUGUACUUGCAGAAAACAAAGGAGGAUGGAGUCUUCAUGUCAUUGCUGUGGAAGAAUGUGGCAGGUCUAGCCGGCAGCUCUUUGGUCAGAGCUCUGUCACUAGGAGUCACAGUGCAAACAGGAACAGUCAUUUUAGAAAAUGAAGAGCUCCCUAAAAUAUUUCUUGAUUUCCUGAAUGUUCGCCAUGUACCUAGCUUGCCAAAAGCAGAAAGCUGUGGCUCUUUUGAUGAAACAGAAUCUGAAGAAUCAAGCAAACUGUCCCACCAGCCUGUGCUGCUGUUCCUAAGGGAUCCAUAUGUCUUGCCUAAAGCCAACGAUGACUUUCCAAACGUAGUUAUAGAAGGCAUUCUACAUGGAAUAUUUUAUCCUCAUUUACUGCCCAGGUAGAAGUAAUGCGCGGCUAGAAGAAGCUGAAACAAGUCUCCGAGUCACGUGUAAUGGAAUUAACAGGAAUAAGUAUCUGAGAUGUGGAAAUUAUGCUCAGAAGGAAAAGGCACAACCUCAGUUUAGGUUCAAGCAUUAGAUCUUUUUAAAUAAAAUCACCACAAUUGCUGCUUUAAAAAAAAAAAUUAUAUGGAAACAACAGUAUUGAAAUUAUUUAUACCUUUAUAUGUUGAUAUGUUCUAACUAUUUAACACUAAAACCUGAAAGUCAUACACUGAAUUACACUAACCUUUGAAAAGAAUUGAAAGCUUUACUAAUUAUUUCUGUAAUUUCUAUCAUAAAUUACACUAAGCGUUUUUUACAACGGGAUUUUUCCCAGCAUACUACCCAUUGCUGGCACUGGAUGUAUUAAAAGUGCUGGCACUUAAGAGACUGUGUGAGAAAUUGCACCAAAAAAAAAAAAAAAAAGAUUAAGGCAAGAAGAAACUGAAAGCAACUUUCAGUAUUUUGUUCAUUUCUCUUAAAUUAUUUUGAAUCUGCUCCUUAGUAUCAGGUUGGAAAAGAGCCAGUGCACCUGUAUGGAGAGUUUCUAUUGGAAAACAUGCUUUCAUGUUUUGAAAUACAUAGCUCGCUCUCAGGAAAUUUUGUAGAUUUCAGCUGAAAUGAUUUUAUCUACCAGGGGAUUUUUCAUGGCAUUUACGCAACUCCAUUCAGUUAUGACAUCUAAUCUGUGUAUGUUUACUCUUCACAUCAACUUGCAGACUGUAAUCCAUAUCUUAACAUUUUGUAAGUCACAGAGCACACAGCUCUGUGGUAAGCUAAAGCAAGAAUAUGAUUAAGUAGUAAAUUAAUAAAACUAAAAAUGAUAGAUGUAUAAUUAUAUAUAUAUAUUUGUUCAGAUUUAACUGGAAAUUUGUAUGUGUGCUACUGGACCUUACAAAAUAAAGUACUAGAACAUGAA